GCAAUUCGUCGACGACGUUAGCGUGUCAAUGGCUGGAUUUUCGAGUUCUACACUGUUUCUUAUAUUCCUCUCGUUAACCGAUACUUUUGCCAGUGAGAGUUAUACAAAUUUAUGGGCCGUGAAAUUUCGUGGUAAUCAGGAAGAAGUCGAGCGGUUUGCCUUGAAAAAUAAUCUGAUCUACGACAGACAUCUCAUUGAGGACUAUCAUACCUUAAAAAGACCUGAUCUGCUGAAAAGUUCUCAAAAGACACAGUUGUCAUUGGAGAUUGAUGGCAAGUUGCAUUCGGAGAAAAAGGUUGAGUGGUUUAUGCAUCAGAAGGUGAAAAAGUAUAAACUGUUUUCUAAUAAACACCUGGAAAUACCUUGGUACAUUAAUAGACUGGAGGGAUCCCAAGGCCCAACAUUGAAUGUUAUUUCUGCCUGGAAGGCAGGAUACACAGGAAAAGGAAUUACAGUGGCAGUAGUUGAUGAUGGAGUUGAUGGCAGUCAUCCUGAACUAAAGGAAAACUAUAGAGGGGACUUAAGUUUCGAUUAUGUGAAUGGCAAUACCAUGGAACAUGGAACACCUGUAUCUGGCCAUGGCAAUAAAUGUGCAGGCGUUAUAGCUGGACAACGUGGUAAUGAUUUAUGUGGAACAGGAGUAGCCUAUGAAGCCAACAUUGCAGGUGUUCGCCUCUUUGAUUCUGGCAUUUGGUCGACUGACGCAUGGCAAUUCUUGGCCUUGAAACAUAAACUAGGAAGCAUUGACAUAUAUUCCAACAGCUGGGGGCCUGGGGACAUAGGCUGGGAAGUAAAAGGUCCUGGACCGCUGGCCAGUAAAGCUUUAGAACGUGGAAUAACAACGGGUCGUGGUGGCCUGGGUGCCAUCUACACGUUUGCGGCUGGUAAUGGAGGCCUAGGGGGAGACAGUUGUGCAUACAAUGGCUAUGUAAAUAGUAUAUACACCAUUGCUAUUACCGGUGUGAAUCAUGAUGGAUCCCUGCCCACCUACGCUGAAGAGUGCCCCGGAAUAAUGGCCACCACUUACAGUUGGGAUUCAAACAAAAACAAAAACGUCAGGGGUUCAGAAAAACACGCUAUUAUAACUGCUGAUAACAAGAAAGGAUGUGUUCAUAAUUUCUCGGAAACGUCAGCGGCUACUGCAAUCGCAUCAGGAUUGAUUGCACUAACCCUGCAAGCAAAUACUAAUUUAACAUGGCGUGACGUUCAACAUAUCAUAGCAAACAGUGCAAGAGCAGCGCCGGGUGGGGUCUUCCUCGAACGUGGAGAGUGGCAGCAAAACAAAGCAGGAUUUUACUUUAGUAAGUAUUAUGGCUUUGGACUCAUGGACGCUGGCAGGAUGGUGAAUCUAGCAAAGAACUGGACUCAAGUCCCUCGGCAGCGGAAAUGCAAAAUUGAAGGGAGUGAAAGGCAAAUCCCAGGUACAGUUUCAGUGGAGGUGAAAAAUUGCGAGAUCAAGUUCCUGGAACACGUGCAGAUCAGAGUAGAUCUUAAUUUCUCUCGCCGUGGUGACUUGUUACUUCAUUUGAAGUCACCGAGUAACACAACCUGUCCAUUGACGCGAGACCGCUUUGCAGACAACUUUCAGAAGUUCACGAACUUGACAGACUGGUAUAUUACAACUCUGUUUCACUGGGGAGAGAAUCCUACAGGGAAAUGGGAGCUCAAGAUCAGUGAUGCUGACCCAGGAAACCCAAGUGCAGGUUCAAGUUAU